AUGGACGGCAGGGCGUGGGGUGCCUGCGUCCUCUGCUUGCUGGGCUCAUUUCCAGUGGUGCUGAGCCGCGUGCACCCCGAGUGUGACCUCCUGGCCCAGCUGAGCGAGGACGAGCGCACGUGCAUGCAGGCAGCAGUGGGGAUACCCAACAGCUCUCUUGGCUGCCCCAGGACCUGGGAUGGGCUGCUAUGCUGGCCGCCGGUGGCUUCUGGCGAGUGGGUCACUCUCCCCUGCCCGGGCUUCUUCUCUCACUUCAGCUCGGAGCCAGGGCUGGUGACCAGGGACUGCACCACCUCGGGCUGGUCUGUGCCUUUCCCGCCCUACCCGGAGGCCUGCCCUAUUCCCCUGGAGCAGCUGGCCGAGGAGAAAUCUUACUUCUGGACGGUGAAGCUCAUCUACACCCUGGGCCACGGCGUGUCCACGGCGGCACUCUGCAUCGCUGUGGUCAUCCUGGUGGCUCUCAGGAGGCUGCACUGCCCCAGGAACUACAUCCACACGCAGCUGUUCGCCACCUUCAUCCUCAAGGCGGGGGCCGUGUUCCUGAAGGACGCCACCCUUUUCCACGGAGACACCACGGACCACUGCAGCUUCUCCACGGUCCUGUGCAAAGUCUCAGUGGCCACCUCCCACUUCGCCACCAUGACCAACUUCAGCUGGCUGUGGGUGGAAGCUGUGUACCUCACCUGUCUCCUGGCCUCGCCGACCCCCUGCACCCGGAGAGCCUUCUGGGGGCUGGUGCUGGCCGGCUGGGGCCUUCCCCUGCUUUUUACUGGCACCUGGGUGAUAUGCAAAAUGGCCUUCGAGGACACGGCGUGCUGGGACCUGGACGACAGCUCCCCCUACUGGUGGAUAAUCAAAGGGCCCAUAGUGCUCUCCGUUGGGGUGAACUUUGGACUUUUUCUCAACAUUAUCCGCAUCCUGCUGAGGAAACUGGAGCCAGCCCAGGGCAGCCCGCACACGCAGUCUCAGUACUGGCGGCUCUCCAAGUCAACGCUUCUCCUCAUCCCACUGUUUGGAAUCCACUACAUCAUCUUCAACUUCCUGCCUGACAGCACCGGCCUAAAUAUUCGUCUUCCCCUUGAGCUGGGGCUGGGAUCAUUCCAGGGCUUCAUCGUGGCUGUCCUGUACUGCUUCCUCAACCAAGAGGUGAGGACCGAGAUCUCGCGGAGGUGGCACGGCCAGGACCCCCAGCUGCUGCCCAAAAGACCCCGCGCCCGGUGGACCUCGCCCGCACACCCCCGG